AUGGGAGAGUUCCAAGAUAUAGAUAGAUACAUUUCAAUAUUGAAGGAGUGUAAACCUUUGAGCGAGAGCGAGGUCAAGAAUCUAUGUGAUAGAGCAAGAGAGGUUUUGUUGGAGGAGUCAAAUGUACAGCCUGUUCGUUGUCCAGUGACAGUGUGUGGAGAUAUACACGGCCAGUUCCACGAUCUGAUGGAGCUGUUCAAGAUAGGUGGCAACUGUCCAGACACAAACUAUUUGUUCAUGGGCGACUAUGUAGAUCGUGGCUUCUACUCAGUUGAGACCGUCACACUGCUCGUAGCGCUCAAGGUUCGCUACAAAGACCGUCUCACCAUCCUUCGCGGCAAUCAUGAAUCCCGACAGAUCACACAGGUGUACGGCUUCUACGACGAAUGUCUCAGGAAGUACGGCAAUCCCAACGUGUGGCGAUUCUUCACCGACCUGUUUGACUAUCUACCACUGACUGCGCUCAUUGAGAAACAGGUGUUUUGUUUACAUGGUGGACUCUCUCCAUCGAUCGAUACAUUGGAUCAUAUUCGUAACUUGGAUCGCCUUCAAGAGGUGCCGCACGAAGGCGCCAUGUGUGACCUGCUGUGGUCCGAUCCAGACGACAGGAGCGGAUUCGGAUACUCGCCUCGAGGCGCCGGCUACACCUUUGGCAAGGACAUCUCUGAGCAAUUCAAUCAUAACAACGGACUGACUUUGGUGGCGCGUGCUCACCAGCUGGUCAUGGAGGGAUACAAUUGGGCACAUGAUCAAAACGUAGUCACAAUCUUUAGUGCGCCCAACUAUUGUUAUCGUUGUGGUAAUCAAGCUGCAAUAAUGGAGAUUGAUGAGAAGAUGAAGCAUACCUUCUUGCAGUUUGAUCCUGCUCCAAGAAGAGGUGAACCUCAUGUCACUCGUCGCACUCCUGACUAUUUCUUGUAA